AUGUUUUCCUCUGUAAACCACCAAGCGACCAGCGGCGUCGAUCCCACAGUUGAUGAAAGGACCACCAAAAAGCAUCGCCGUUUAGAUGAUGAACCUCCUGAUUCGGGUGGUAAUGAACCCAUGGAUAACAUGGCUAGUAACACAAAGGUGGCUAAAGCCUCUAAAGGCAAAUUUGUUUCAACCCCACGACGACCUCUUGAGGGUGUUGGUCACCCCAAAUUCAUCUUAGUUAUCUUUCAGUAUCUCGGAGACUUUAUACUGAAUAUUGUUUGCUUUGUUGAACCACGGAUUAGUGGUCGAAAAGCUGAUGCUUUUAUUGCAUCGAUAGGCUUUCCUUAUUCUCAUCGUGUUGAAGCUAAUGGCUUCUCAGGAGGAAUCUGGAUAUGCUGUCCAAAUGCUUCAAAGCGUCGUUCUCUUUGGCCCCAACUUCGUAAUGUUGCUUCUACCAUUGAUUCGCCUUGGAUCAUCCCUGGGGAUUUUAAUGCAACUGUUAGCACUGCGGAAAGGAAAGGUUGUGCUAGCUCUGCCAAGUCUAGUAAUGAUUUCCAAACUUUCAUUUUUGAUAUGGGUCUCCGUGAUAUGGGUUUCCAUGGUCCCGAAUUCACUUGGACUCGCGGCUUACAACAUGCUUGUUCGGAUCGUAUCCUUUGUAACAAUGAAUGGGAUCAGGCUUUUCCGACCUCUAAUGUUAGCUCCAACAAGAGGAUUUCCCUAGAAUGGUUAAAGAUAACUGGGUUUUCUCUGGAAGCCUUUCCAAAUCGAUUGCUAAAUUUACUGAAGCUGUUGCCACUUGGAAUAAGCUGUGUCCAAAAAGCUUUAGCUUGUCGUUAUUCGAACCACCUUCUUAAGCUUGAAGUUGAUCUUUUACUCGAUAUUGAACGACUUCUUGAUCAAGAAGAACUUCUUUGGCGUCAGCGAUCCCGUGUGGACUGGAUAAAUAUGGGGGAUCAAACUCUAAAAGCAGAAGCGGUUAACUACUUUCAGUCUAUUUAUGCAUCUGAUCCACCUAUACAAGGGAAUUUUCCUUGUACUGGACUCUUUCCUCAUCUCCCGACUGCUAUGUUACAAAAUUUGGGAGAUCUCCCGUCUGAUGAAGAAAUUUAUAGUGCCCUCCUCGACAUGGCCCCUCUCAAAGCUCUGGGUCAUGAUGGAUUACAUGCUGAAUUUUUCCAACGUCAAUGGCCUAUUGUCAAGGUAGCUGUUUGCCAUAUGAUCUGCAACGUCUUCGAAGGAAACCCCAUUGAUCUUGGCAUUAAUAAAAAAGUUCUUGUUCUAAUCCCAAAGAAGGACAACCCUGAAUCUUUUGUUGAUUUUCGUCCUAUUAGUCUUUGUACCAUAAUGUACAAACUCAUCACCAAAGUUAUAGUUCAAAGACAAAUUCAUAUUGCAGCUUCUUGUCCGUCAACAAACCAGCUUUAUUACUGGCAGUACCUUGGUGCUCCAGUCAAACACAAACGAGCCACUUACCAGGAUUACUCUUUCAUCCUUGAUAUGAUGCGCAACAAGCUGAAUGGUUGGACGUCAAAGUUACUCUCUACAGCUGGUCAUGUAACACUUGACAAAGCCGUCCUUGCAGCUAUCCCGAUUUUCUUCAUGCAAACUACAAUGUUUCCUAGACGCGUCUAUAAUGAGAUGGAAAAGAUCAUCCGUCAUUUUAUAUGCGGUUCCUCUAAUAUGGGGUUCCUCUAA